AUGUCUGAUUUAGCCAAGGAUAAUAGUGAAAAAAUUAAUAAUGCUCUUAGAGCUUUAAAGAACAAACAAAAUCACAAUGUCCCAAAGAAGGACUUUUCGAUAUUCGUUUUGGAAGAUAAGGAAGUCUCGACCAAAAAUCGUAUUGUUCAAUCUGUUCCAGCCCCAGUGACUAGAAAACCAUCGGAUGAUGAAGUUUUUUUGCCUAAUGGAUUGCCAAAUCACGAAUUUUUGAAGAAUCAUUUCUACCAUGAAGGGAGAUUGCAUGAAAGCCAAGUGAUCAAGAUCUUGAAGGCUGCCACGGAAUUAUUGCGGACCGAACCUAAUUUAUUGGACGUUCCUGCCCCAGUAACGGUGUGUGGUGAUGUUCAUGGUCAAUAUUACGAUUUGAUGAGAUUGUUUGAAGUUGGUGGUGACCCAGCAAAUACUUCGUACUUAUUUUUGGGUGAUUAUGUCGACAGAGGGAAUUUUUCCAUUGAAUGCUUGUUGUACUUGUACAGUUUGAAGUUAACUUACCGUAAAACUUUCUGGAUGUUGCGAGGGAAUCAUGAAUGUAAACAUUUGACAGACUACUUUACUUUCAAGAUGGAAUGUUUGCAUAAAUACAGCAAUGCAGUUUAUGAAGCAGCAUUAGAUUCUUUUAAUUCUCUACCACUAGCAGCCGUUAUGAACAAACAAUUUUUCUGUGUGCAUGGUGGGUUGAGUCCGGAAUUGAAAACUUUGGAUGACUUGAGAAGAAUUGACAGAUUCAGAGAGCCGCCAACUAGAGGGUUGAUGUGUGAUUUGUUGUGGGCCGAUCCAAUUGAAAAUUAUGAUGACGACACAAAUGAAAAUCAUUUUGUUGCUAAUACUGUCAGAGGUUGUUCUUAUGCUUUCACUUAUAAAGCUUCCUGUGCAUUCUUGCAAAGGACUGGGUUACUUUCUAUAAUAAGAGCACACGAGGCUCAAGAUAGUGGUUACAGAAUGUACAAAAGAACCCCCACCGUUGGUUUCAUUUCUCUCUUAACAAUGUUUAGUGCGCCAAACUAUCUUGACAGUUAUAAUAAUAAAGCUGCGGUAUUGAAGUAUGAAAAUAAUGUGAUGAAUAUUAGACAGUUUAACAGUGCUCCACAUCCAUACUGGUUACCAAAUUUCAUGGAUGUUUUCACAUGGUCUUUACCAUUUGUGGGGGAAAAAGUCACUGAUAUGUUGGUUUCAAUUUUAAAUAUUUGUUCGGAAGAAGAAUUGGAUGAAGAUACUCCGUUGGCCGUCGCGCCUGCUCAAACCCUUGAUGAUGUCACCACCGCACCAUCUAGUCCAAUUGAUGCGGCUGUUAAACCUCAACUUCCUCUGAUUGCCUCAUUACAAUCAGCAGCCAUCUCAUCACCAGAAGAUGAUAUCAAUGCUAAAAAACAAGCGUUGCGUAAAAAGAUCUUGGCCAUUGGUAGAGUGGCAAGAAUGUACCAAGUUUUACGUGAGGAAUCGGAAAAUGUUCAACAAUUGAAAUCUUUAAGUGGUGGUACCUUACCAAAAGGUGCUUUAUUGAGUGGUCCUGACGGGUUGAAGAACUCUAUUAAUCUGUUCGAAGAGGCAAAGAAGGCUGAUUUGGAAAACGAAGCGAUCCCACCAAGCCCUGCUGAAUUGACAAGAAGAAGAAGUCAAAAAGAAGAAAGGUUGAAGAGGAAAAUCAGGGACUCCAUGACUCCCUUAGAUGGAUGA